AUGAAGGUUCUCAUUGUUCUUAACUUCGCCACUGAUAAGCCCUGGGGUCAGUUGUCUGUAGAGUCAUUCUCUGCUAACAUCCGAAACCAUGCGCCAGAUGCCGAAAUCGACGUCAGUCGCCUUGCGAGUGGUGAGGAUCUGCCGGACUACUCUCAAUACCAUCUGAUCGUUCUCAGUGGAGGCACAUUUAACCUCAUUUCCGACGUCCCAUUGCCCUGGGUAGAACAGGCCUUGGCUUUGAUUCGCCAAGUUGCCAAAGACAGCAACGGGACCAAAUUAUUGGGUCUAUGCUGGGGUCACCAAGCUAUCCAGUUUGCGCUCGGGGGAGAGUUGGACGUUUUGAACAAGUCAAAUAUAGGUGUCGAGACGAUAAAUCUCACCGCUGAAGGCCAAAAGUUCUUCGAUGGACGGGAUUCUUUGAAAAUCCAUAAAUACCACAAACGCGUAGUCUCUGAACCCGCACCAGGCUUCAAGCUACUUGCAAGCAACAAUGAGAUUCUGCUUAGCGAGAGCGGGAAUAUUAUCACCUUCCAAGGGCAUCCGGAGCUAACGUCAGAGAUAUCACAAAGUUUACUCGACUCAGAUGACGGCAGCUAUGUGGGAAAUAGCACAAUUUCAAGCAUCACCACUCCCCACGAUGGACUAUAUAUUUGGGGCCGGCUGAAGAACUUUGUAACCCAUACCUAG